CCAUUGUUAUUAGCAGUACGAAGGUGGGGAAAUUUCUUUUGUAUGUCGACAGCAUAAAUUUAAUUCAAAUAAAACCAAUGUAUUUUGAAAACAAACGGUGACGACAUAUUUCGCAUGACAUGCUGUAUGUUUUUGGUAAGUUAUAUUUGUAAAAGCCAACUAAGAGCGGCAACGCUUAGUGAGAAGUUUACGUGGGAGUUCCGUAAUGUUAUAAGUAGGAUUUAUGAAUGUAUGCACAUUUCACCAAUAUGGAUAGGAUGGCUCAGUUUGACAGUAUACGGUUGCACAUAUCGAUGUAACACUAAAACGUAGCGCACGUACUGUUUUAGAUAAUUGACCAUUUCAUACAUGAGAACUAUCACAUUCUGAAUGGUAGUUGGUAAUGUUUAUUGAGCUCACUGCUGUGUUCAGAAUAUGGCGACCGAUGAACGUAAUUUUCGUUCGUCUUAUUACGAAAAAGUGGGAUUUAGAAGCGUCGAGGAAAAGAAAUCAUUGGAAAUUCUUCUCAAAGAUAAUAAGACUCUGGAUAAAGUGAAAUUACAACAAUUUUGUUUGAGAUUUACUGUACCUGGGUUAUAUAGAAACUUAGUAUGGAAAGUUCUUCUUGACGUUGUACCAAUUCACGUAGAGAGUCAUAAAUUUGUUAUGCAACAGAGAGAACAAGAAUACAAUGAUUUGGUGCAUUCGUUGCACUUUAUGAGAAUAGUUAUGGACCAAACACCGAAACCACAAUUAUUUAUCUUAAUGUGGUUACUGGAAACUGGGAGACUCAAGUACGAUUGGAACGCACAGUUGGAUAACUAUUUAUACCAGAGUUUGUGCUCAAUUUCACAGUCCCUUUUAAAUGUCUUUGAUAAUGAUGUUGAUAUAUAUUGGAUCUCAAAGGGUUUCUUCCAGUUUGUUGACAAAUUUCAUAAUGAUGUGCCUAAAUUAAUAGAAUACACCAAAAACAUAUUAGAAAAGGAGGAUGGAAUUCUUUUUAACCAUCUUGUUGAUAUUGGUGCUCUAAAUGCAAUCCCAUUACAGAACUGGCUUUGUUCGUGUUUUGCGGGAGUAAUAAGUGAAUCUUCACUUGGGAAGAUAUGGGAUAAAUUGACAGGUGGUUCAUGUAAGAUUUUGGUGUUUGUAGCUGUUGUUAUUUUGAGGACUUUAAGGCGAAAUUUACUGAAGUGUUUGUUGAUUGACAAUGUUCUGAGUUGCUUGAACAACAUACCAGAAGAAACAGCAGAAGUUAUAGUGAACAAGGCUAUAGAAAUGUGGCAACAAUAUGGAAGCUUGCUAACUCAAGGAGCAGGCCAAGACAAUUUGAAAGCACAUUUACCAGUUAAUCGUAGUAAACCAGCAUAGCUUUCUUGUACUAAGAAAAGAACAUUUUAUGAUACAGAUUUCUGUUUGAUAAUGCUAAGAAAAUUAUUUCUAUGAGAUCUAUACCUUCUGCCAUUUAAAAUUAGUGGCAGUAAUAUGAUUGUAAAGGAGAUUGGUCUGGAGGUGUGGGCAGCAGUUCAGUUUGUCUAGGUGAAUUUCUCAAAAUAAUGGAAAAUUAUUUCACUUGAUUGGCUCUUCGUAGCCUCAGAAUUGGUAACCUAUAUCUUAAAGAGUGUAUGAAGUGCUAUUCUUUUUAUAAUUUGUGAAUAAUUUUUUUGUUCUUUCUGUGCUUUACUUAUUCACAUUAAUGUUAUUUUUAAUAGUCCAAAUUGCAGACAUAUUAUUCUAAAUUCAUAUUUUUUUUAAGGUAUGAGUUGAAUCUGUGGUCUUGGCUUUGUGCAGUAUUUUCAGAGGUCAGUUGAAUCCCAGAAUGACAUAGUUUGUCUGUGAUGAAUCAAUUCACUAUUCUGUACUGAAGUUCAUUAAUUAAUUUUUUUAAAGAAUAAAACAGAUUUAUCUGGCUGAUGAAUUAAGGCAAUUUGUUCACAGCUAUUUUUAUAUUCAAUCUGUGGUUGGAUUCUUGUAGGUAUAUUACACUUAAUAAUUGUUAAUAAAUUACAUAGUAAAGAGGCAGAAAUUUGAUUUACAGAGAUAUCAUAUCUUUGCUUUCCAAAGUGCUGUUACUAACAGAUUGAUUUAGUAAUGAGGAUUCAAAGAAUUCUCACUGAUAUUAAGCUUUGAUAAUAGAAUUUGCUUGAGGAUAAGCCAUGAUAUUGUUCAAAACCUCUGUUGUUCAUAAAUCAAGUUAUAAACCAAACAUUAUAAGAUGUUACAUGUAUUAUUUGUUAAGCUUGUGCUGCAGAGUAUAGCUGGUAACUGUCUUCACAUUUUUUCAUGGAUUUGUUUUGUCUUGUACAUUCACUAUGGCAUAUAAAUUCAGUGUAUUUACUGUUUGUCUUGCCAGUACAUUUAAGGUUAUAAUUACAUUAACUGUAGUGUUUAUGAAGACAAGAAUAAAAACAUAGGUCUUCACUAAA